AAUGAACGUUGCCGAAUUCACUACAAGCCUCCGAAGAGUCAAUGAUGUGGGGUAUUUUUCAUCAAGGUGGUCCAUAACCAUGAGAGCCAAACUGGAAAGAGACCUUGGAUGUUUGCUCAGCUGUUGUGGGGAAACUUCACUUAAGCAGAUGCUGUGAAAAUGACCUGUGAAGUGGAUGUGUGAUACAUACACAGAUUUUUUUUUUUUUUUCAGUAGACCAGCCUAGCAUUUGUUAUGAGAACUAUGGAAAAAAUCUCAACCCCAACAUAGCACUAUUUUUCCUUUGAGUAUAAGGCUAAACAAGUAGGUCUAUACAAACCUGUAUAUGACAAACUUCUGACACCAUAAGAAGACGUCUAAGUCCCAAACAUCCCUUUUUCAGGUGUUUGCAGCUUGUAUUCAGAGUGUUGCACUAAGAAGUUGAAUUACUCUGUUUAGUUUGCUCUGAGCACAGAGGGAUAUCUCUUAUAGUACAUGGCAAAUCACAUGGAUCAGAGACUGUUUGAAUCUUGCUCUUGAACUUAGUGGAACUUAAGGUGAGUAACUGGAAUUGCAUGCCAUGCCUGGGGGCACAGGGAAGGAGAAAAUGGCUUUGCUGUAUUUUGAGUACUUCAGAUCUGCCUGUGGAGUGGGAUGGUUUGUGAUGAUACGCAGAUGGCCUUGGUCUGAGCCUUGGGCCAUCCUAAACAAAGGCAGUUAAAAUCUCUCUGUCUAGUGAUCCCUGUCCAUUCUAGCUAGGAUCAUGCUUAGUCUGCAACUGAGUCCUGCUUCAACUUCAACAUCAAGGUAGUCACAAAAUUACUGGACUGGUUGAUGUCAUAUGUGAAUCAAACAAGGGACCCCACAAAUACCAGGAUCUCAUCCUUUUCCUGGUUCUGGUUUUUAUUUUUGCAAGUAAAGGCACUUGAACAAAAAGCACAACUGAUGCCUCUGUCCAGAGUCUAGAUCUCCUGCAGGUGGCUUACCCCUUUGGGGCUCUCCUGUUGCUUGGAAAUAGUGAAUAUGGAAUGGAGAAUGGCUUGGAAAGUCCUCUCAAGCGUGUGCUGCUUAUUCCCUUCUGUGAAAUAGAAAGAGGUGUCUUUUUUCUGGCACUCAGUGCUGUUGCCUUCUGCAACCUGUAGGCACUCAAGACUGAUGAAAUAGGUAAUCUCUUCACAGAAUUGUUUUAAGGAUUGAAUUUGUUUGUCUUGAAGCAGACCAAGGCAAAGAAGCUUUUUACUGGUAUCAUAGGCUCAGCAUAGGUGAGAAUGUGGUAACUACAUGUUGCUGAAUUUCAGGUUUCUGUUAAUCCUAGUUGAUGUACAAUGUCGGAAAUCUUUUGAAAUCAGUGGGUAGCAGGAAACCUUUUCUUUAGAGAAGCUUGUUGAAAUUCAAGGCUGUUGUUACUGUGAUGAUGACAAGUAGAUCUUCAAUUGUUAGAUAGAGGGUUGCUUUCCUUUAGCAGCUCUUUAAAAUGAUGCAGACCACAUGUCAUUUCAUCCAGUCAUAAUUACGUGUCUUGUCACUGCAAAACUGACUGACCUACUGGCUUAGCUUUCACAGUCAUUUCUAGAAGUGGCUUAAUUUCUUAUUUUAAAAUGACUCAUAAAUACAUAACCCUGGGGUUUGGAUUUUGUUUUUUUUUUUUCUUCUUUGUUUUGUUACUGUAUCGGUGUUUUUAUUGACUAUAGCUGCUACUUCUUAAAAUUGCUUACACGGGAUCAAAGAGUAGGGACCUGCAAGCUGUGAAGAUUUAUUUCUUCAUUGUUGGAAUAGUACAUAGUAUGAGAUGUUACUCAGCUUUAAAACUGUAAUGAAUACUAGUGCUGUUCUCCCAGCACAGAUUCUCCAAGUUAGCAGCAGUACCGUUAAGAGAAAUUGCCAUCUGUGCAAAUGGUGAGCGUAGGCUGGAAUGGUAUGUAAUGUAAUAUCAAACAUGUCUCAGAUACUGAAGUGGAGACACUCACUAGCUUGUCAGUGUUGUGCAAGAGAUGGAAUGGGGACAGCUGUUCCAAAUGCUGCUUCAUUAGCUCCAAAGUUUAAUGGGGAGAGGUGUGUAGAUAAGUGUUGCCUGGGAUAGUCUGUUGACAGGGAUCAUCCCUGAUAGCAGGUCUGUGAAACAUCAGCAUUUCAAAGUGACUUCAUGAACUAUGUGUGCAGGAUGAGUACUGCAUCCCAGUCUUAGAAAUACCACUAGAUUUUGGGACAGCCAUUAGCACUCCCACAGAAAGAAAACAGUCCAAUUGGCCUGUGUAAGCUUUAGCAUUGGCUUACUGACCAUUGGUGUUGUUUUCCCAUCCCUUCUACACAACUCUAUGCAUUCUGAGGAAAAAAAAGAAACCCCAACAGUUCUUAUGCUUUGAAGUCGAAAACGCAGAAAUAGAGUCCAAUGAAUGAUUUCCAUGCAACAUUAACAUCUUUAGUUUCAUACCUAGAGUUUUCCCAAGUUUAUAGAUUAACCCUCCUAGUCUUUGUGCUCAGUGUAUUUCUUAGUAAUCAGAAUCAGGAGUUCUCCAGGGAGGCACUGCUGCCUUGGGGAUCUUACCAAUAUCCCUUCUCAGGGGAGUUAGUUCAUCCUGGUGAGUGGAGAAGUUUAUAAAAUACCCUCAUUUAGCACUGGUGCUGCAUGGUUGUUGGAUGCAUUCUGUGGCUUCUGGCAUGAGUAAGGUGAGCUUGGUCUUCUAGUUCAGUUAGCUCAUCUGUCCUGCUGUGUGAAUAAGAUGCAUGGUAGGAACACAGUUGGAAGAUGACCAGCAUUUGGGUGAAUCAGCAGGGUCUUGUGCAAAAGAUGGCAUUUGAGCUCAUCAGCUUGAAUUGUCAACUCUGCAAAUUGGGCUGUGAGGAACUCCUCAUGUCAGGUGGUGAAUUUGGAGAAAGUGGCAGACUUCCAGUUUUAACAUCUCCCAUUCCCUUUAUUCCCAAGAACUGGGAACGUUCUCUGUUCAGAAAGAUGUUGUCUCAGGACAACUGUUUUUCCUCAAAUGCCUUUCAUCCACUUCCGUAACACUGCUACUCAAGUUUGGGAAAUUCUGCAACAUCCUUAUCGGUAACAUGCUCUUGCCUUGAUCUGUUGAGUUUAGGGCCCUUACAGGCUCAGUUUCUCAAUCUCUAGUCCUUUGUACCAAGAACAGGCCUUGAAGUUAAAUAUAAAGUACUUGUUUACAGUUCAUUGCAUCACUUGUCAUCCUUGAGGAGAGUCAGUAGGUUGGUUAGGACACCGAUAAGUCUGUACUGCACGACCAACAUUGCUGGGCCAUGAACAGGCUUGUUUAGUGAAUUCCCCAAUGCUGAUUCCAGCAGAAAUGCCCAUUGCCUGUGUGCAGCAUGUACUCAUUUCACCCCCCUCCCAUAGACCCGCCCCAUGGGACUAAAAACUGUCUGGUCUGUUGCUACUUCUGUGGUCCUAGCUCUGCAACAACAUACCUCCUAUUUGCUGGAGAGGGGGAUGGCAGGAGUACCAAAGGGGACUAGUUUUUCUGUGGUCUUGAACUGUUAGCUCUUGCUAGCCUUUCCUCAGUGGGUUGCAUGUGCUUUGAGCUUUGUACAUUCAUAAUGGUCAUGGACAUGACUGUGUCAUAUGUCUGUAACUGCAGAGUGAAUUCUUCUGACAGUAUAUUCUGCAUGUUACAUAUUUCAACAGUGUAUGAAAUCUAAGAACCUUGAAAUUAGAACAGCUAUUGUAUACACACAACUGCUGUAGUGAGAGGGAUUGUACUUUGUCUUCCAGGAAAUUGGCACUAGAGUUUCAAUAAAAAUGUAAAUGGUACUGCAUAUACAGUUGUUAUUAUGAUUGCCUGAAUGGAACUAUAAGUUUGAUAGGAAGGAAGCAGUAAUAACUUAUUUGCAGUAGUCACCUGAACCUAGGUUUUUUCCCCUUCUGGUUCUGGUGUGUACCUUAGCACCUUUGCGGUCAGGCAGAGGGAAGUAAAUUGUGGUCUGCUCCCAUUUCCCACUUGGAAGGAUGUUGAGGCAAUACAAUUUCAAGUUGAAUGGGAGCUGUGCUAAGGAAAUUAAUGCAUGCUUUCUUCUGACCUUGAAUGGUGUUGGGAAAUACUGGGUGUGACUUUGAUCUGUUUCCUAAGUGCACAGACUAGUCAUUCGCACAUGGGUGGAGAGGCAAGAGGUUCUAGUUUCAGCCCAAACCAACUGUCAUAAAUUGUGGGUGGCUGCAGGCUGUUGUUCACUUUCCUUAUUGACAUGGAGACUAUAUACACUUAAGAUUUUACAGUGCUUUUUACAUUUACUGUUAAUAUAAUCAGUGCUUUACUUUGCUUUUCCCUUGUUUUCCCCGUUUUUCUCCUCCAGUUCAGUAAUGGUAGGCUCUGUAUGUUACAGGUCAUAUGACUCCAUGACACAUGUAUGUGUGUAUAUAUAGACAAGAUGCCUGGUGACUGUUUAGACUGCGCUGAACUUCCCUCUUCAGAAUCACCCAGCAUUUCAAAGAAGUUACCUGCCACUAUGAUGACUGGGGGCUUAUCAGAUACUAAGCCUGCUACUCCAGAAGUCCAGCAUAUCGUUAACCAGGUGAAGCCACAGUUUGAAAGCAGGGUAAAUGGGACAUGCGACAUCUUUCAAGCCAUAGUAUAUAGGACUCAGGUGGUUGCUGGGAUCAACUACUUUAUUAAGGUCCAAGUCUCCAACACUGACUAUGUCCACUUAAGGGUGUUUCAGAGCCUUCCUCAUGAGAACCAAGGUCCCAGCCUUGUCAGUUUUGAGACUGGAAAAACCAGGGAUGAUCCUCUCACCUACUUCUGAGAGAUGAUAUGAAAUGGUGCCUUACCUCUGCAACUCACAUGUGGAUUCUGCCUGUGUCAGUAAACACGUGGAAAUAAAACAAAUUUUGAAAGCU